AAGAAGUCAAGCUGUGUGAAUCAAGCUUUGUUAGCCAAAACUGGAUGGAGGUUGCUCCAAAAGGAGCAAGGGUUAUGGGCUGAAGCUUUGAAUAAAAAAUAUCUUAAAGAUGAUUGCAUCAUGCAGAAGUCUACUUUACCUUUCUCUGCUAGCUCCAAUACAUGGAAAGGUAUCCUUUAUGGAGCUCAAUUACUCCCUAAUAGGGUGAAAUGGAGGAUUGGACCUGGAACGGAAAUUUCUUUCUGGAAUGAUGUCUGGACUGAUCUUGGUGCUUUGUCUGAUAUUGCCUUGAAGCCUAUUCCUUCUCACCUACAAAGUUAAGAGUUUGUGAUGUUGUCUGUGAUGGUGGAUGGGACUUACGCAUGGUAAAAGAAUUUCUUCCCGAGGAUGUGAAGCUGAAAAUUUUGAGUAUGCAUGCAGGAGGCAUCCAAAGUGGUGAUGACACAAUCAUAUGGAAGUUAUCUCAUAACGGUAAGUUUACUGUUAAAUCUGCUUAUCAUUCUCUUUUCCUGAACUCUGAGACUGAACCUUGGCCAUGGGACUUUAUUUGGAAACUUCAAGUUCCUCCAAAAGUGAAAAUUUUUCUGUGGACCCUUAUUCAUGAUCGAUUGUUGACAAAUAAAGCAAGGGUUCGUAGAGGUUUGGCUAUAGAUGCUCUUUGUCCAAGAUGCAACUUCCCUCUUGAAUCCUUGGACCAUCUCUUCAAAGAUUGCACUAUUUCAACGCGGAUUUGGUCUGCUCUUCAUUCCCCAACUUGCAUAAAAAUACUAGGAUUAUUUGUGCUGGAGGAGUCCUUCGGAAUGAUAGAGGUGAAUGGUUGAAUGGUUUCUCUGCCAAGUUAGGCAUUGGACAAGUUCUUGAAGCUGAACUUUGGGGACUGUUGAAAGGAAUGGAGAUGACAUGGCAGCAU